AUGCUGCUGUCACAGGAUUCACCAACAAUUAUCCACUCAUAUUCCACAAUAAACACCAAACUACCACUACAACCCCAGGAUAAUAAUGUAAAUUUAUAUAACACAUCGAUUUCUUCAACAACUAAUACAUCUACUUCGACCACAACAUCAGUCACUACAACAGCCGUCAACACUGCCAACAACAGCUCAACACAUUUGUCAACCAUCACCAGCAACAACAACAAUUUCACAACCACCAGUACAAGGCGACAUCGUCUUAGUGUAUCGCACGAAGAUAUAAACUUGGAGUUGGCUGAUCCCGGAACAAUAAGAAUCGACUGCAGUGGUGCAUUUAUCGCCAAUGACAAUUUGUUACGAAGCUCGAUAUUGGUGGAUGACGUAGACUUGGAUAACGAAGAAGAGAUGUCUUCUGCCGAUUACAUCUACAGUUCAAACUCACCAUCGCAAACACCUUCUGCUUCUCUGUCCAAUACAUCUUCAGACUUGGAAGAGGAGGGAGAUACCCAGGGAGACGCAGAUGGAGAGGAAUACGGGGAAUACGAGGGAGGAAAUAGCACUUCAGGAGGCGUGAUUACAAAAAACAAUAUCAAUUUACCACAGCAUAAUGAUGAGAUUAUCCAUAUUUCAGUCGAUAUUGGUGGAACAUUGACAAAGUUGAUUUAUUUUAGCAAAUCCAGAAGAUCAAACAAGAAUAGUGCAAACACCAACGAUUCUGGAGCUUCUGGUGCUUCUGGUGCUGGACCUAUCUCUGGAGGCGGGAAGUUGCAUUUCCGAGAUUUCCAAACUGAAAAUUUCAAAAGCGAAGUGAUGAAAUUUAUCAUCCAGUUGAUUACCAAAUCGAUCUCAAAAGAAACUAGGAAAUCGCCAAUCACAUAUAUAAUGGCCACUGGUGGUGGUGCACACAAGUUUUACAAUCUCAUGACCAAGACAUUUAAAAAGAAAAAGUUGCCAAUGCAAAUCAUUAAAAAAGACGAAAUGGAGUGCCUCAUCAAGGGCUUGGAUUGGCUUAUCACGAAAAUCCCACAAGAAAUAUUCAUUUAUGACUUGAAUGAAGCACAAACCAAAUUCCAACCUAUUCAAACUGAAACUGAAAUAUACCCUUAUCUCCUUGUCAAUAUUGGUAGUGGUGUUUCAAUGAUUAAAGUUACUAAACCUGGUCCAUUGGGGUUUGAACGUAUUGGGGGUAGUUCCUUGGGUGGUGGUACUUUAUGGGGAUUGUUGCUGCUUCUUACUGAUGCCAAGGAUUAUAACGAGAUGCUUGAGAUGGCACAGCGCGGUAAUAAUGAAAAUAUCGAUUUACUAGUUGGUGAUAUCUACGGAACAAACUACAACAAGAUUGGUCUUAAAGCAACGCACAUUGCUUCUUCGUUUGCCAAAGUGUUUAAGAAAUUACGAUUUGGUAGCGGGAAUGGCGAUAACGAUGGUGCAAGUAAUUCCAUCGAGAAGAGGUUAUCUCCAGCAGAAAAGUUGGCCCAAUUCAACCAAGAAGAUAUAGCUCGUUCCCUUUUAUUCUCCAUAAGUAAUAAUAUCGGACAAAUUGCAUAUUUGCAUGCUUUGCGUUUUGGUUUAAAGAGGAUAUAUUUUGGUGGUUCAUAUAUUAGUGGCCAUUUGCAAACUAUACACACAUUAAGUUAUGCAGUCAAUUUUUGGUCUGGUGGAGAGAUGCAAAGUUAUUUCUUGAGACACGAAGGAUACUUGGGAAGCGUUGGUGCAUUUAUGAUGGGACCAGCAUACGGAAGAGAGGAUGAACACAAGGGAUGA